UACAUGAGGUAUUUUUCGCCGAUGGAUAAUAUUAUGGUUACGUGGGAUUUGGGAGGGUACCUUUUGUAGGAAAUCACGCAAGUAUAGGCAUACCGCUAUGCGAAUAGGUAACCUUCCCGAUAUUCUUUACAUUCUUAGCGCUGCGACCAGCGCAGUUAAAAAGUCGUCACCGGGACGGGGCUUCUUUGGAGAAAAGCGAAGGAAACGAAAAGAAGCCGCCUAACUACAAAGCAUAAGGUCCCCCGCUUGGGCCUUGCUGGGUGCUCAUGGAGAAGGCAAGAGCAGGUUCGCUUCGGCGACAGCACACCCCGCCGCACGCGCCCGCCCGGGUGACGUCCAAGCGGCGGGCCCGUGCCAACACCGACACCGUAAAGCUGCUGAUGCUGGGCUAUAAGCAGGAACUGGAGCGAGAGUUUACGCUCUUCAACUCCUUUGGCUGCAACUUUGCGUUCCUGAGCACCCUGACCAGUCUGACAGGCGGGUACGUCAUCGGCGUCGUGUACGGCGGUCCUGUCGUCAUGAUGUGGGGCUGGCUGAUCGUCUUGUUCUUCAACCUAUCCGUGGGGCUGAGCAUGGCGGAACUCGCCUCCGCCUACCCGACCUCCGGUGCGCUGUACUACUGGUCGUACAAACUGGCACCGCCGCGGCUCCGAAACCUGGCGUGCUGGAUGACAGCGUGGAUCCUGACGCUGGGGGAGGCGUCCCUGUGCGCGUCAUCCUUCUACACAUUUGUGCACAUGCUGGCAACAGCGGUUGAGGUACAUUACGGCGUUCCUCUCACCAAUCCAGAGGUGUUUGCCCUGCUCCUGGUUACAACUGCCAUCAUCGGACUCCUGAAUUGCGGACCGGUUCGGCUCACCGCCUUCAUGACCACGUUGGGGACAAUGUGGAAUAUUGUGGGCAGCGUGGCGUUCUGCCUGUGCGUUCCACUCAUUGCCCCGGCAAAGCACUCAGCCAAGUACCUAUUCACUGCAUGGCAGCAGUACCCGGAAUACACCGGCAUCUCCAGCUCCAUCUACACCACCCUCGUGGGGCUGCUGAUGUCGCAGUGGUCUCUCAUAGGUUACGAUGCUUCAGCACAUCUGGCAGAGGAAACCUUUCAUGCGGAGAUAAAUGUCCCCCGGGCAAUCAUGCUCACCAUUUCCGGCUUGGGCCUCACCGGGUUCGCUUUUCUGCUGACGUUGGCCUCGGUCCAUGUUGACGUGGUGGUGUUGCUUGACCCAAACAAUGAGACACAUGGCAGCAACAUUGUUCUACAGAUCCUUGUCGAGGUCACGAAAACCUACGGCAGCGUCAGCAGUGGUGUGGCACUGUUUUCGAUUCCCAUCGUCGCUGCGUUCUUUUGCUCGUAUCAGGCCAUCGCCAACAACUCAAGGAUGCUGUACGCCUUUGCGCGCGAUGACGGCGUUCCUCUUGCCAGCUAUGCAAAGAGGGUGCACCCCCGGACCAAGGCGCCCGUGUACGCAGUGUUGUACAUGCUCGUCCUAACGAACAUGCUAGCGGCCCCCAUGUGCUUUAACUUCUAUGUGGUCCCGGCAAUCGCCUCCUUCUCGGUCGUGGGGUGUUGCCUCGCGUACGCGCUGCCCGUGAUGUGCAAGCUCUCCACGGGUCGGCGCUUCUUCCUGCCCGGGCCCUUCUUCCUGGGUCCUCGGCUGUCGUACAUCAACAACAUCGUAACCCUCAUCUGGGUGCUAGCCAUGACGGUUCUCUUCCUGCUCCCGCAAUUCUACCCUAUCACGGUGGUGAACCUCAAUUGGGCCGCGCCCAUCCUCGGCUUUGUGCUGCUUUGCUCCUUGGGCUGGUUCUACUUUCCCAAGUACGGUGCGCAAAUGUGGUUCAUUGGUCCCCGCGCCAACCUGGGCCAGUUCAAGGACGAGCUGCCCUCCGAGCGAGCACGCAAGGUAGCGGAGGCGGAAGCGGCAGAGGCGGCCGCAGCCGUGACAGUAAGCCGAGCCGCCCAAGCGGCAGCGGAGGCCACUGAGUUGCUCGCCCGCGUUGCAAACGGAACCUGCGGGGGCACCGCACCCAGCGUUCCAGGCAGCGAGCACCGCAGUCACCGCAGCUCGCGUUGCUCCGCCGGCAGAAGCCUCACCCACAGCCUCGCAGGCACCACUUCUAGCGUCCUUCCGGUGGAUCUUUCAGAUGCGGCGGCGGCACUGUCUGGUCGACCUGCAUCCAUACGUGCCGUCACCUCCUCCAUACAUGUAACGUACGGGCCGGGGAGCCCCACUAGCGGCCGGGGCCCCGCUAGCCGAGCCAGCUCCCGGCGGCACUCCGCGCUCGCAAGCGUGCACAGCAGCUCUUUCCAUGGCCCCAACAUAACGGUUCUGCUACAAGGCUCCGCGUCUCGCGAUGGGUACGGCAGUGCUAGCGGAGCAGGCAUGGGCUUGAUGUCAUCAUGCGACGGGCAGUUGCCGCCAGGCAUGGAGGGCGGCAGGGCGGGCGGGCGGGAGUGGUCCGCGCCUCGCCGCUUGUCCUCCCGCCACCCUCUGUCCCCGGAGCGGCUUGAACAUGUUGGGGCAGCAGCAGCUGCUGCUGGCGGGACCGCGAGCAUGGAGCACGGAUCGGGUUACAGCCGGGAGCGGCUGUCGUUGUUGAUGCGUGCAGUUGCUGGCAGCUCAGCGGGGAUAUCGCUGCAGCCGCCGCCGGGCUCCCCGCUGCACCAUGUGACGGAGGGCAGUGUGCUCCUGCUGGAGCGAUUGGAAGACACGAGUGCGCUGUACUCACGAACGAGGCUCCGGCGGGCUUCGGUGAGUGUUCUGGCGCUGCCGACGCGUUCUGGGGGUGGGCUGGAUGAUGUGAUUGUGCGUUCAUCGGUGCUAACCAGCGCGCCUGUUCCGGCUGGUGUUGCGGCGGCGGCAACGACGACCACAACGACCACCACAGCGACUGUGGAGGCGUUGCAGCUGUCAGCGGCGGAGCAGGAUGCGGGUACAAGCAGCGUUAGCCGUGAGCUGGGCAGUGGCAGUGUGGCAGUGCAAUGACAGGGCGCGAUGGGGGCCCUGACGUGAUUGGAAGGAGCGGGCGGCGUCUCCUCGCUUGUUGUUGUGUUUGUGAGUUUGAAGAGAGGGGAUGUAAACAUGCCAGAACAGAUGCUGGUACAGGUAGGCAGAGCAACGAACGGGAACGGGAGAAUGUUAGCCCUAAACGCAACGCAACGCAAGCGAUACGAUGUAUAGCGUGUGAGUCUUUUAAAAAGAAGAGCGUGGAAUCUCGCAUGGCCGUGGCAAGGAGUGUGCAACCCUGUUUUUGCGUCGUAUUCUACCAGGUAGUUUCUCAUGGCAUUGGAGGGAGGAUUGGUGCGCUGGGAGUGCAUGCAUGUGUGCUUGCACGCAUGCGGUACCCCCAGGGUUUUGCGUUUUUGGCAUUGGUGUAUAGCAAAGAUACAUGUUGCUGCGUUCGUUCGCAAAGCAGGGUUGUUGUACUGUCUUUGGAGAAUUUGCCGGGCCUUUUCGGCACUUGGUUGCACGUUUAGAGGCUAGCCGAUUACCCACGCGGUCGCGCAAAGAGGGCUGCAAGCGAUUUAAUCCUAUGUUAAAAAGUGCGUGCGCGUGAGGGAGAAAGAAGGAGCAAGGGGGCCGGCGGUAACGCGGCAGUGAACGCUGUGUAGGCAUAUGGGGGUUCGAUGCCGCCGCGGAAGGGGCGGCGGCUGGCCAAAACCGCAGCGGAUUAUGUUUACAGCGCAGCUUUACGAGGCUUGGUACGUUUUCAUGUUCAAAUCUUGACAUGCCAAUGGCUUGAGGGAGGGCCUGUGCGACGUUUGUGGUACGUUUUUCGAGUGAACGGCGAGUACUGGGCUGUUGCUGCUGAGUAGAGGUUGGCUUUGCCGGAUUGCCGCCAUGCUAUGGUAUUGUAUUAGGGGUUCUGAGUAAACUUGUGUUGGCAUUGUCUUUUCCUCAGCAAAACCUUUGCUGCUGAAAAGCUACACUCCCGCCCGUUCUUACAAGCUCGCGGGAUCGUCUCAUGGAUGCUGCUGCUCGAUCGUUUCCCGUGAUGCUCGCCUACCGGUAUGUGUGUGCGUGUGUUUUAAGGAAACUGGCCGCGAGUCGGAACGUGUGUGUGUUUUUCAACAAGGGGCGAACGGCACAUAGUGGUCAAGACCAAAGGCAUUGUCAAUCGCCCAUGCACUUGGCUUUCGGGUGCAUUCCAUUCUUGCAUACUUAACCGAGGACGGAAUCCGCUGGGCAGUGGGAUUCUCAAGAACGGCUGUGCUCCGCGAGUGUGUACCAUGCCCUGUGAAAACGCUCUUCCAAGUUGUGACUUCAUUAGUAACACGCGUGGUGUUUAGGAGUCCGCGCACAAGUUGCGGGGACUCUCUGGCUGUGGUGUUGCCCAAGCGAGCCCGCCUGUGUGCGUUCGUCUGACUUUGGGGACGUGUGGGCUGCUGCGGGGUGAAGGGAAAGGUGGAGAGGCCCCUUCCGCCCUGUAAACUGAAUGCCAUUUGGCAUGGGAGCACGGAGUAUGUUGUUGCGGCCUAAACGGGCCUUGCAGAUGCUUGGGCUGGUGAUGAGUUUUACGAGUUUGCGGUUAGCCUACGAUUGCCGCGCACCCUCUCCCCAUUGAUGCGCGUAUGCGUGGGGAUACUUGCCCAGUGUCAGAGUCCGCCCUUUCCGGUAUUUAUUGCGGCUUUGCGAGCAUGUUGGCGGUCCUUCCGUGAUGGCACCCAAUGCCUAGUACAGGGAAGCUGUGUUGUGCUUCUUUGCAUGUGUAUUUUGCAUGGUUUACCUGGCUGCAGGCACUGUGUGGAGGGGCAGCUUUGGUCGGGGCGCGUGUACAGCUGUGGUGGCUGGGAUUUAGGCCAGGGGCCUGAUGCGUCCUUGGUCCCAUCCUCCCCUCCCACACACACACAUUCAGUUUACUCAACUACACACGUUCUUGUCGGCGCCGAGUCAAUUUCGCACAUUUGCACAUUGUUCAUGCGUUUGCUUACGUUUGCGGUCACCAGGCAGAUGCGUCAUCGUAUUAACAACUGUAUUACGGUAUGUUGGGUUUCGGACAGCAACCCCAACAGCAGCCGAGGUGGUGAGCACUACGGUUGGGGUUGUGGUGCCCAGGCCAGGAUCCUUACUUUGCUGAUUUGUACGUCUUCGUGUAGUGGGGGCAUACUGCGGGAGGCAUAGUUACUGUUCCUGUGGAUGGGUAUCAGAGUUGUUUUUGUACUUGCAGUUGGGGUGUCACUGACGUGUUCCGUUGCUAGUCGCCCUUCCCCAAUGGAAUUCCUUUGCUAGGACCGCGGUUAAGAGAUGCGAUGCACGAGCAUCUAUUUUGGUAAGGCCAAUGAGUGGGUCCACGGCGUGCAAUGCACCUCUCUAGUUAAUUUCAUGUAAUAGUUGAAGUUCAUGUAACGAUUUCAAGGGAUCGGUGCGGAACUCUCUGGGUUUUCGCCCACAAACCGUGUAACGAACCGACAGACUCCCUCCGCCCUUGCGGAGUUGGCUGGCAAAGAUGGACUACUCUUAUAUAUGUCAAUGCACUUAUCUUGCAAAAGCUAUAGCCUUUAGAAUAUACACAACCCACUGGCGACGGAGUUUGUCAUACGCUAUACCGGUAUGUCUGUCCCUUCCGAAGCCAACCAUGAACGCAUCAAACAUGUACACACCUUCUUAUACUGGACGUAGUUUCUCUACUAUAUGUGAAUUAUAAGAAAGCGUUGCAGUUGGAACCGAGACGCCUGUCCUCUUUAAGUAGACACACCCUGAAGGACUGUGGCGCGCUAAAUGGAGAAAGCGGGUGGGAAAGCCGCAAUCCACCGAGCCAGUACGCCCAUGCACCAUGUGCCACCGCCCCGACGGCGCGGCAGGCCCAACACCGACACCGUGAAGCUGCUGAUGCUGGGCUAUAAGCAGGAGCUGGAGCGCGAGUUUACUUUGUUCAACUCUUUCGGCAGCGGCUUCACAUUACUCAGCAGCCUCACCAGUCUGUCAGGGACGUACGGCAUUGGGAUCACGUACGGCGGCCCAGUUGUGAUGAUAUGGGGCUGGCUGGUCGUGACCCUCUUUGCCACCUCUGUGGGCCUGAGUAUGGCGGAGCUGGCCUCCGCCUACCCGACCUCGGGUGCGCUGUACUACUGGUCGUACAAACUAGCCCCGCCGCGGCUCCGAAACCUGGCGUGCUGGAUGACAGCCUGGAUCCUGACACUGGGACAAGCUGCUUUAUCGGCCUCCGCCUUUUACACCUUUGUGCACUUGUUAGCUACUGCGGUGGAGGUUCAAUAUGGCGUCAACCUUAGCCAGGCUCAGGUGUUUGGGAUCCUUGUGGGCGUCUCCGUGACCACAGGACUCCUCAAUUGCGGCACGGCGCGCCUGACAGCGUUCAUGGUCACACUGGGGACCAUGUGGCACAUCGUGGCGCUCAUCGCCUUCUGCGUGUGCGUGCUGGUAGUCGCACCUGCCAGGCAGCCAGCCAAGUACAUGUUCACGUCCUGGCAAGCACAACCCGAGGUCACCGGCAUAUCGGGCCCCGUGUACACCACGCUCGUGGGGCUGCUCAUGUCACAGAGCUGUUACAUCGGCUACGACGGCGCGGCCCAUCUGGCCGAGGAAACCUUCCAUGCAGAAACAAACGUCCCCCGAGCCAUCCUGCAUACCUGCGUCGGCAUGGGCGUUGCAGGCUUUGCCUUCCUGCUUACCAUGAUUUCGGUCAAACUUGACGUCGCCACGCUGUUGGAUCCGGGCAAUGAAACGCAUGGAACCAAUGUGGUCCUGCAGAUCUUGAUUGAGAUCGCCAAAUCGUACGGCUAUAAAAACAGCGGCGUCGCGCUGUUUUCAAUCCCCAUUGUGGCCGCGUUUUUCUGCUCUUACCAGUCUAUCGCCAACAACUCCAGGAUGCUGUACGCCUUUGCGCGCGACGACGGCGUUCCUCUCGCCAACUAUGCCAAGAGGGUGCACCCCCGCACCAAGGCGCCCGUGUACGCAGUGCUGUACAUGGUGCUGCUGUCAGGGCUGCUGGCCACGCCCAUGUGCUUCAACGCAUAUGUGUUCCCCGCCAUCCUUUCUUUUGCGGUGGCCGGGUGCUACCUCGCCUACGCGCUGCCCGUGAUAUGCAAGCUCUCCACCGGUCGGCGCUUCUUCUUGCCCGGGCCCUUCUUCCUGGGUCCUCGGCUGUCGUACAUUAACAACAUCGUAUCCUCGGUUUGGGUGCUCGCGAUGACGGUGACGUUCUGCCUGCCGCAAUUCUACCCGGUUACGCUCAUCAACCUGAAUUGGAGCGCGCCCAUUCUUGGCGUCGCGCUUGUGUCCUUUCUUGGAUGGUAUUACCUUCCGAGGUACGGCGCGCGCCACUGGUUCAUAGGUCCCCGCGCAAACCUGGGCCAGUUCAAGGACGAGCUUCCCUCCGAACGCGCGCGAAAGGCGGUAGAAAAAGAAGCGGCAGAGGCGGCAGCGGCCGUGGCUGCGGACAAGUCCGCACGUGCCGCCUCACAGGCAGCCGCUCUGUUCAACCGUGUAGCGAACGGAACCUGCGGCGGCAGCAUCCCAACCGUCAACAGCCUCGAACGCAGCGCACAUGCAGGAGGCAGCACCCUCGGCGGCGGCACUGCCGCAGCCACCACCGGUGCUCGGCGUAGCAGCAUCAAGAGCUUGAUCCUCUCUAGCAGUGGCGGUGUCGGCGGCGGCUUGACGCGCGGCCGCAGUGUCAAGAGCUUCACAGCCGGUUACGGCGGCGGUGGCCCCUCGAUUUCCCGCAUCCUGGCAGCGCCCGCCGCAGCCUCUGCAGCGAACCGUCCCUCUCAGGAGCCGCUCAUGGUGUUGUUGUCAGGGUUGCAGAUCGAGCAGCAUGCGGGGGGCCUGCAUGGGGAGGGCCUGGAGCCGCCGGAGCUGGGAAGGCCCGAAACCUUGGAAGGCUAUGCCCCGGAGGAGGAUGGAGGGGACGUCGGAGGCAGCGGGAGCUCGUCUCCUUUGGGUUGCUACUCACCAGUGAAAGCUGCCAUUGCUGCUGCGGCGGCGGCGGCAGCUGACCACGCUGCUGCUGCAGCGGCAGCAGCCGCGGCGCAGCAGCAGCAGGUGUUUGCUUUCCCCGCGGCGGGCAGCGGCAACAGCGGUUCCGGAGGCUGCGGAGCCACAGCCCAUCUGAAGCAGCCAGGCUGCAUGGGCAGCAGCAACAACAGAGCUGCCACCGCGCGACGGCACUCUGCAAUAGACCUUCUGUCGUCGAGUGACAUUUCGGGAUUCAUGGCGCCUGGCCGAGCAUACAUCACCCCGAGAAGACCAUCCAAAGAAACGCUGCUUGCCUCAAAAGGCAAGGCAACCCGGGACGAAGUUGCAGCUGGCGGGUUAGGGACGGGUGCUCGAGGCUCGGGUCGGGACGGCAGCAGCAUUGGUGCUCCUGGGCAUCCCGUCUCUUCAACAGCAACCGCUACCUCUGCGUCCGGUGGUUACCCCCACCCCCACCACCACCCUCCAGGAGGCGAGCGUCACUCGUGGGGUAGCCGGGAGGUGCUGCAUGCGGCAGCUCCACGCGCCCCGCUGCUGCUGCCUGUCACUCGCAAAUCCGUGGAGGCCGCUGCCGCUGCCGCUGCCCGCCAGCAACAGCAGCAGCAGCAGCCUCGGCAGCUGGCGCGGCCGUCACGGCAGCUGCUGCUGCAGCAGCAGCAGCUGCACCCCUCGUUGCUUCUCACACGCAUGGUGAGCCGGGUCACGGAGGUCAGUGAGGGCGGGUUUGGUGGCGACGUUUGCCACAUGCAGGGCUCCGUAACCACCGCCUCCUCCGCAGCCCAUAGCAGCGUCGGUGGCGGCGGCGGCAGCUGCGGAGCUGGCGGCAGCGGCGUGAACCUCUCCUCCCGAGCAAGGCUUCGAUGGGCGUCUGUGAGUGUCAUGGUGACCCCCGCCGCCGGCGCCGGAGGAGGAGGAGGGGUCGCAGCAUGGGCCGCCGCUGCCGGCAGCGGUGCGGCGGCCGCUGCUGCCGCUCCUGCCGUUGUCCUUGCGUCACUGCCCAAUGUUGCUGUCACUACCGCAGCAAUUGUGAUGGGUCGUGAUGGAGUUGAGGAUGAAGGUGGUGGUGGUGAUGGUGUUACUGGUGCUGCCCAUGCUUCCGCUGCUUCCACUGUUUCUGCUGCUGCCGCUGCAGCCGUCAACGAGGGCUCGAGGUUUCCGUACGCUAACGAAGCUUCCCCGUACAACGUUUCCAACCGCAAUUUUGCAGGGUAGGGUCGCGGUGUGGAUGGGUGUGUGGGGGAUAUGCUUUGAAGUGCAAGUUUUCCUGGGGGGGUUCCUUAUAGUGCGUGAGUGAGGCUGGUGGUAAAUUAAACGUACGACGUAACGUAACGAUGCGUAAGAUAAACUGACACGUGGCUUAUACAGCGAGCAACGUAAAUCAAAUGGGCUGCUCAGGUACGUAAGGGCGCUGGACUGGGCAGUUAUGGACGGGGCCGAGGGGCUGGUGGGUCAUCUGUGGGUGUUGUUGGGGUUUGGCGUUAGGUUUUAAUCUUCGGCUUCCCGUGGAGGUGCUGCGUCCUGUAGUGUCGUGAACUCGUGAUGGUUGUGUAGGUUAAUGAGAAAGCGAAAGGGGUGCGUUUGAAUUAUCGGCGCAGCGCGGUUUGGCUCCCAGCAGGACCAACGGAGUUAAGGGACGAGUGCCCCUGCAGAACGUAUGUGCGCCCAUAUGUGCGUGUGAACUCGGCCGAUAUACAUACAUUGACGCCCUCGAUUACCUCGCGAUGUAUCUGGUUUCAUGAUGUGUAUCUGGUUUUUGGAGAUUGAAUCGUGUGUUGCGCUCAGGAGGCCGAUGGACAGUGUUACCCUAUCUCGCAAUAUCUCGUUGCACAUGAGAAAUUGGGUCGUGAUGCCGUCAUUGCGAGGGCUGCGGCGAUGAUGCUUGCUUAACAUCGGAGACUAGAACAGCUUUACUACAUUUUGUGUUUCCUUCAUUCGUGCUGGGGGCGCGCCCAUUCGGCCUUUUCUAGCCAUUCUUGCCCUUGGUACUUGGAAGGUUUCGGUCUUUGCGUGCGUUCGCCAAGGAAGAUCCUACUUCAGCUAUUUGUGCGGCCGUGCGUGCUGUGCGCGCUAGGGGUCGGAUAGCUGUGCUUCUUGGGUUGUACAGAGGUGCCUUUCUCCGAAAUACUUGCUGCAGGGAAACGAUGUGGACUUUCCCUUCGUGUGCAUGGGUUUACUGCUAUUGGAGUAUAGUCGUUUUCAGCGUCACCAUCUUGCCAAGCGACGACAUUUGUCUGUUGCGUCAUGAUCGGCCUGCAUUGUUUACCAUACAGGGGUUCAAUGAGGAGGCUUGGGAAUGACCUUCCGGUCGUUUGUGUGGGUUACACUCUUACGUACUGUUGACGUGUAUUGAUGCGGGGGUCUGGAGCUGUGAGUGAUCAAGUUUAACACCUUUGUUGGCCAAGUGUUCAGGGAGUUGGGGAGGACGGGUCGACCCCGGGGUCACCCGUCGCAAUACCUAAGGAACAAAGCAGGACAGCUAAAAGCUGCGUAACGUGUAAUGAAAGUCGGUCAUGUCGGCUUGGCGUUUGCUGCUGGAGGCACCUACCUCGACUUACGGAUGCAGAUAGCAGAUGCCAACGGCGUUGGUUGGACGACAACUCGCAGCAAUCUUUGCACGCACUUAUCCACGUAACCUCAAUUGUAAUACUGACGACCAUUGUUGUUCCGAAAGCUGGGACGUUUUGGUAUUGUUUGAGGCGACUGAUGGCACUCAUUGGCGCGGCCUUGCUUGGUACCGGCAUCUUUGCAAAAGAUGUUUACAAGAACAACUUCAAGGAAAGGGCCAGCGAGGUUGAGCUUAAAGCAGUAUGGUCCAGGACUAUAGAGUCUGCAGAGGCCUUUGUAAAAGAGCACUUUCAAUCCAGUCGUGCGGUUGCGGGCGAGGCGGCCCUGCAGCAGAUCCUGGACGACCCUGCCAUAUCCCUGGUAGUGGUCGUACUGCCCGUGCAGGUGGCUCUGCAGGUGGUACGGCGCUGCCUGGCUGCGGGCAAGGCGGUGGUGCAGGAGAAGCCGGUGGGGCCCUGUGUGGCGGCCGCAGCGGAGGUCAUCCGGGAAUACCGGUCGGCGGUGGCGGCCGCACGCAGCCCCGGUGCGGCACCCCUGUGGCUCUUCGCUGAGAACUACCGCUACGAGGCCUCCUUCCUGGCCGCCUGCAGCCUGGUUCCGCAGCUGGGUCGGGUGGUCAAACUGGACCUCAUCGCGGACCUGCCCAUGGACCCCAGGAACAAGUACUAUGUAAGCUCCUGGCGCCGCGACACGUCCGGCUGUCCGGGCGGCUUCUUCUCCGACUCCUCCGUACACUUCAUCGCGGCGCUGCGGCUGCUGGCGGGGGCGGCGGGACUGGGGGAGCCGGCCAGUGCGAGCGCGCAUGCACUGCAGGCCAAACCCGACCUGUCCUUCCCCGACACGGUGGUGGGGGUGGCGCUGUUCCCCAGGGGGGUACCCGCGGCCAUUAGCAUAUCGCUGGGGGCACAUCAGGUGCGUUGGUCGCUGAGUGUGGUUGGCACGCAGGGCUCGCUGGAGGUGUCGCGAGGUGGCUGGGGCGGGUCGCGGGCUGGGUACAUGCUGUCCAUCAAGACCGCAUCGCCCCUGCCGGAGGAGGUGGUGGCAGGCGUGAUGCCGCCCUCACUGCAGCAGCAGCAGCAGCAGCAGCAGCAGCAGCAGCAGCAGCAGCAGCAACAACAGGCGGGGCAGUCCGAUCCAACACUGCUCCAGAUCCCCUUCGGCUUCUCCGGCUGCCCGGAUGAAUUCGAUGACUUCCUGCGCACCACCGCCCAGCUGCGCUCCGCUGCUACGCCUCCUGCCGCUGCUGCUGCUGCUGCUGCCGCCGCUGCAGCUGCUGCUGGGGCCGCGGCUGACGUCAACCACGUACCCGGUCCGCAUGCCCGUAGCAGUCCCGAGGAGGGUGCGAGGGACCUGGCGCUCAUUGAGGCGCUGCUGGGGUCGGCGGCGGCGGGGGGGCAGCCGGUGGCGGUGGCGCAGAUUUGAGGGGGCGAAGGAGGAGGAGGGCAGCGGGGGGGGGGUAAGGGAAGAAGGCGGUGUAAAGGGGGUCCGGAGGGAUGGAUGGAAUGCGGUCGGGGUGUAGGGAGGUAGGCAGGAGGGGGACGGGUGGACGGUGUGGAGGUGGCGUGCGCUGGGCGAUCAGAUGAAGAUACACACCGCAAUCCAUGGAGGCGGGCACAAUGCGGUGCCGUCGGUUCCGUUGGUUGGGGGGUUUGACCCGCAGAGGGUGUGUGUGGGGCGCUCGUGGUGGUGGUGAUGGCCGCUUUGGGACGUUUGGGUCUUAUAGGCGCGGUGGAGCAUAUCACGGGCUUGCGCGAGGCCGCUUAAAAUGCGCAUAGCCGAUCCUCGUUAGUGGGAUUUGCGAUCGCUAUCUAAUGAAAUUGCCGGAGCCAGUUUCGCGUCGUUUCAUGUCCUUGUCGUACGGUGAUGGUAACCAGUGCGACCAUCAGUAUACUAGCGAAGGACUUGAACCACAGUCCUCUAAUUGAUGCACGCUUGUUCACUGUCCCGCGACCCAAAGUGCGCUGGGACGCUUGAGCUUCCAUACACAAUACAGUUAGCGCAACAUAUAUACCCUGGCGUAAAUUCAAUGGCGUUCUACGGACCGUUGCCCAGCUAUGUCAAGCCAGCCAUCCUGGAAUUCAAGCGACUCGAACUCGAAUACUUGGAUGGCUUACCGAAGAAAGUUAAGGAUGAGCUAGCGGACGGCAUAAGCUUUGAGGUUGAGAAGGAUCAUAUGCGACAUUACGGUGACCUUGCAUUUACUUUGGCGGGCAUCAAGCCGUGUGCUCUUUUCGCUCAUGGCAUUGGGCCGUUCUACGGAAAGGGCCUCGCCGAGGCUGCCUUGCUCCCCGUGAUGCGGGAAUUUAAGCUUGAAAGGCAUGGCUUUAAGGCCGAGGAGAUCAAGCAUAAGAUGCUGACGUCCAACCCAAAGCAUCCCGGCUUCCAGGGCGGUUGGGUGCUCUUCAACACUCGUCAUCCCGGAUAUGCGCUCGCGAGGAAUACCUUCAUGAACCUUGAUUGCGAACGGGUAGACGAGGCACAGAUUGGGCGCGCCCUAGGCUACCCACUUCCCUCCGACGAUGGCACCAUCCUUUACAUCGACAACACGGAGUCAAAGGCGCGAAACACGUGCUGCGUGCCAGUCGCGGAAUACUUCUGCCCCUCUGGCCCCGAGACCGUUUUCGCCAUCAGCGAUCACUUCUACAAGUACCGGGCCGUCUGGAGCCAACUUGGCUGGGACCUGACAAUUAAGACUGACCGGCACGCCGCCUUUAAGAUGUUGCAGCGGCCGUAGCCUGGCAUGGACUCGAACACUCGAUAUGGGUUGAUUUAUUCUUAUUACUGCGUGGGUUGAGGUAACGGGGCUUCUGAAACAUGGUUCAAACUUACUGAUAUGUUGUAAGCCCUUCUGGAUUAUACGGUAGUAACAGGCGUUGCAGCAUGACACCGGGGUAGCUGAUGCAGGAGUGAGUUGCACCACGGCGUGUGCUUGAUUUGUGGGUAGUUUGCCUGUUAGGACUCAUACGCUGUUAGUGCAUAGGGCAGCCGGACAGCCACACCGUCGGAGGCUAUGCAUGUUCGUUGUAGCCAUAACACGUCACGGCUUGUUCGUUGCGGUUUUGCAAGGUGUGAUCAGAGAUGAGGGAAGAGUAGGGGCAUCCCCGUACUGAUUCAAUCACGCAUACGGAGGAUUCGGCAUCGCUUGCCUUAUUUGCUCGGCAUUGUGCAUCCAAGCAGCUUUAUCGACGCCGCAUUUCUCUGCAAGAAGUUAACAAAAAAGUGUAUCGAGGGUUUGUUUGGCCCUGGAUGCCGGUGCUGACCCAUGGGUCCUGCAUGUCAUGCACUACCGUGAACGAUGUGGGUUGGUCCGCUGCAUCAAAGUAUACAUGGUAAGGAUUGCAAGUUUGUGGAGCAAGGUUGGAUUGUUGGUACACUCCUCUGCCCGCCAUGCCCCGCGAAGCUCGGGAUUCCGGGAUACCCGUUACAGUGCAAUAGGAGCAGUUUCUCUUUGGCCGUGCAGUUCGUUUCAUUUGAGUUUUCGCUGUCAAGACGUUGGCGGCAUGUGCAUCCGUCGCCAGCCCGUCUGGCUUCAACUUUGCUCUAGGAGGACAGUUGUGCGAGGGAGGCAGUAAACCUGGCUCUCGUCUUGGCUCCGCUGUUAAAUAAUUUGGGUUGCCAUUGGCACGAGUCUUUCUCGUUUGUUUGUUUCAACAUGGCUAUCUAUUAAGCAGACGACAGGUGCCCAUCGGAAUGUAUGUUGGCUUCACAAACUUGCCGCGGGAUUGUUAUCUUGGGGCGUUUGGGGGGCGACUGUCAGACACGUCGUAUUGGAUGCCACAUGGGAUGCUGGCUGUGUUGGCAAGGUUAGGCUUGCUGCGGUGUUGCCAUCAGGGUACCUCACAUCUUGUAGUUGGCCGGCUCCAGUCAACUGAUGGCAACUGAUGGGCCUACAAAGCCGGUUGUGGUGUUGGCCUGCAAGUCAUCCCCUGGGCUUUGGGAUGCGGCGCGUCAGGAAGCAGGCAGGGAUGCCGGUGUGACCCACAUGUAAUUGGAAUGCCAAAGGAGGACCGCCUAGGGUCUGGAGGGGUGCCGAUGAGGGGAGGCAGGUCACUGGGAAGGCACGUUGUGUGUGUGCGGUGUGCGGCUGCUGAUCUACCAGCCCACGCGAGGCUGACCAAGAUGCAUGUGUUCAAUCAACUGGCCGCAAAUCUGACACCGA